ACAGGACUCCAUUUAGAUCUCCGCUUGUGACUACUACAAUCUUUUAGAUUAUUCCUAGCUAUCUGGGGCAUAUAUAUUUAUAUUACUACCGCAUCUUCUGCCAUUCUUUAACCUGAACUCGAAUUUACCCAGUCAACGCUGGACUGGAGACAACCAGAGUCUCAAUAGGACCGACCCCUCGGGGGCGAGAUAGAGGGCGAUGUACAAUCCCUGGAGCACGCACCACACGCAAGCACCGCACCCCCAUCACCACAGUCACCACGCCCAGACACACCCUCAUCACAGCCAUACACAACAUGCCCAUCACGCCCACCACGCCCCUACCGUGACCUCGGUCUCAGGCACGGUCUCCGUCCCUGGUACGGUCUCGCCUGGAACGCGCCUCGUCGAGCUGGACUCCUCCCCUAGCGCCUCGCCGUCAACUUCGUCAUUUCGCAUGAAUUGGCUCCCGUCCAUGUUGAAUGGGCACGGACGCGUGCAUGGCCAUACCACCACUCAUAACCCGGGGCACAAUGCGUCGCUGCCGACAAUCUCGUCGAAUCUGAGGAUGCAGCAUUCAAUUUCGCAGCAACAGCAGCCGCAGCAGCAUCAGCACCAGCAGCAUCAGCAGCAGACGCAGGCGCCGGUAUCGAUGAUUGUUGAUUCGAGGGCGGCGCAGUCGGGGGGUGCGGUUGUGGGGACGGGCGGCGGCGGAGGAAACCAGGCAGGACAGGUGGUGUCCGUGGAGAGCGAGGAGAGUGAUCGUUCUGAAAGCCCGGGUGGUACGCCGGGGACGCGGGAUGCAAGCGGGGCAGACGCAUUGGGCGAGCCGGAGUUUACAGGCGAGGGAGGGCAGAACGGUCGUGAUGGUGAUAUUGACGUGGAGGUAUUAGCAGAGAACGGCACAGACGUUACGGGAAAGGGCGUCGGUGUUAGCAUUGGGUCUAAUGGCGAAAUCACUCGUACACUGCCGUCCGGUCUGAACCUGACAAGUCGGAAACACGGCAAACGCUUGACUACAAAGGAGGAAGUAUUUCUCUUCGAAAUUUGCAACCGCCACGCAGCCGACUUUGGACGACGCAGUAAUCUCUGCAAGUGGUGGAUGACGGUGACAAUGGAGUUCACGCGCGGUCAGAAACACCCUUAUUCAUGGCACUCUGUGCGCCGGAAGGUUGAGCUCGUCACGAAGCAGCGCAUGAAGUUCCUCGAGGAGCAGCGCGAGAAAGGCGCGUCAGGGACCGAGACGGCAGAGGAUUUGUCGAAUCCGCGGUGGCGUGCUGUUGUUGAUGCGUGGAUCCCGACGUGGCAACGGUGGGAGGAGGCUGAGGCACGGCGAAUUGAGAAGAGGGAUUCAAGACGCCCAAGGAAGAGGAAGUGGACUGCUACGACGCCCACUGCGUCUGUAACGGCUGGAGAUGGAUGGGAUCUGCCCAGUUCCUCUGCUCCGGGCUCUGGGGAAGCGUGGCGGGCACCGUCGAGUACGAGUAGUAGCCCUAUGGUUAACCAGACCCCGACAGCGCCGUCAUCGACACCUGUCUCUUCAACGCCUGUCCGUCUACCACCAGGCUUCGACACACUUUUCUCACAGUCCUCAAAAACACCGCCCGUAUCAACGCCCUUUAAUCCUCCGACGCAAACUCAUAACCACCGCACCCCCCAAACAAGCCACACCCACAACCAUACUUCCAACCCCAGUACAAGUCACAAUCAACCCUCAACACCAAUUACCACAAACCCUCCACCCCAGCAAACCCCCGACAGCGCAGUGAUGGUCGCAAUGCUUGAAACCCUGGGGAAACUAAACAAGCAUCUCGAGUCGAACCCGACGGCUUCUUCCCUUCUGCAGACUGGCACAAAUCCGAACUCAGAACCUACAUCAGCGCAAGUCCAACCCGCUUCUCAGGAUAGUAACGGCGGGGCAAAUGAGGAUGCUCGAACACCCUCACGAAGCAUAUUGAGAAAACUCAAGGAAGACCUGAAGUCAGAGAUGAUGGAAGAAUUAAGGGCAGAAUGGGAUAAAGAGCGAGCCGUUUUGGAAGAGAAACUUGAUUCUGUACAGAGGACGCAAGAGAUGAUUCUUGAUAUGCUAAGGCAGGAACCUUCAUGA